AUGGCCGUCAUUCGAGAUCGAAGGCCUCAGCUCAGCCUGACGCUUGAGCUCCCUCCGAAGGAUUCCGUGGCCGCUGCUGGUGGCCGGCGAAUCCAGCUCGUCCCUCCUCCGGCUGCCGCCGCCGCAGCCGUCGCCUCCUGCUCGGAGCACCGCCUGGCGGACCUGGAGAGAGUCCAGGUUCUUGGGCACGGCAAUGGAGGAAUCGUCUACAAGGUCCGGCACGUCCGCACGGGGGAGUUGUACGCCCUGAAGCUCCUCCACCCGCACCACCAGUCCGACGCCGCCGUUCGCCGGCAGAUCUACCGCGAGAUCGAGAUCCUCCGCCGCACUGACUCCCCCUUCGUGGUGCGCUGCCACUCGAUCGUCCAGUCCGGCGCGGCCUCCGGCGACUUCGCGCUCCUGCUGGAGUACAUGGACGCGGGGAAUCUGGACUCCCUGCUCCGCCGGCACCGCCGGCUCCCUGAGGCGGCGCUCGCGGAGGUGGCGCGGCAGGUCCUUCAGGGGCUCUCGUACCUCCACUCGCAGAAGAUCGUCCACCGCGACAUCAAGCCCUCAAACCUCCUCGUCAACCGCGACGGCGAGAUCAAGAUCUCCGACUUCGGCGUGUCGAAGAUGAUGGUGCGGUCCCUCGCCCCCUGCAAUUCAUACGUCGGCACCUGCGCCUACAUGAGCCCGGAGCGGUUCGAUCCCGACACCUACGGCGGUAGCUACGACGGCUACGCCGGUGACGUAUGGAGCUUGGGGCUCACCGUGCUGGAGCUCUACCUCGGCCACUUCCCCCUGUUGCAGGAGGGACAGCGCCCCGAUUGGGCCGCCCUGAUGUGCGCCAUCUGCUUCGGGGAGCCCCCAAGCCUGCCGGACUCCGCCUCCGACGAGCUCAGGGCCUUCGUCGCAAGCUGCCUCCAGCGGGAAGCCGACCGGCGGUGGACCGUGGAGCAGCUCCUCGCCCACCCCUUCCUCACCCGGUACCAGUCGGAGUCCUCCCUCGUGCUGAAGAAGCUGCUGCUGCUUCCGGAGCAAUGCCUCGCCUGA